AAAACAGGAUUAUUUUGUGAAAGAGAUGAUGGGGGAGCGGGGAGCCUGUUGUAGUGGAACCGUGGAAGGAUAAGGUCAUCUCAGAGCUUGGAAACUCCACCCACCACAAGUCUAGUCUAGAUUCUAUCGCUAACAACAGUGGAACCAUUCUGAGUUCUGAGAUUUGGAGACGAGGUAAAGAACUCAACGGGAAAGCUCUGAACCCUCUAAUCUGAGAAAACAAUAAUCCUGGUCGAUCGAGAUGAAGGUUUUUACUCUUAGGACUCAAUCCUACUUUCCAAUUAGGCAGUCUAACCUCAACGCUCCAACGGCUAUACAUCAGUAUCGCCAUCUCCUCUCAAUCAGUACCAUUUCAUAUUCCAAAUACCCUUCCAGUUCAUCCCUGCCAUCCAUCAAUUCCAGAACUACACCCCUUCCUACACAGAGCAUUAGAUACCGAAAGCAAACGGGCUAUGGGGAUAAGCCAACCGACUUGGAUUUGGAGUCGUAUUCCGAAGUUAGUGCUCAUCAACCAAAACACGAGUUACUUGAAGUAUCCUCUGGUGGAUUGUCAAGGUUCGUGAUCCUGGGUGCAUUUUCUCUGGGACUAGCAAUGUUUAUUGCAGGGAUGGAUGACCAGAAGGCCUUGGCUUUGGGUCCUGAAGGGCCUUUGAUGGAGGAAUUUUGGGACAAUAUGAGGAGAUAUGCGCUUUAUAUUCUCACAGUGAGUACAGGUGCUAUCUAUACCAUCUUCCAGCCUAUACUAGAACUGCUCAAGAACCCCAUCUCUGCGUUUCUCAUCAUAACAAUUGUAGCGGGCAGCUUUUACAUUGUUUCUCAAGUGCUUUCUGCCAUGGUUGGUGUAUCUGAUUUUACUUAUGACUAUGGGUAUUAAAUGAAGAAGAGUUUUUUGUCAUUUUGAUCUCUCUCCCUCUCUUAUGCCGAACCAUACCCUUAUCGGAGAUGAAUAACUGUAUCUUAUCCCAAUUCAGUCGUUCAAUCUA